GAUUGGCUGACUUCUUGGGUGGCCUGGGCGGUGUUCGCUUCGCGCGCGUGACCACCUACAGCCAUGGCCCGGCCGGGCAGUGUUUUCCGCCGCCUGGGUGCCUUGUCCGGAGCCGGGGCCUUAUGUUUGGCCUCCUACGGGGCGCACGGUGCCCAGUUUCCGGAUCCCUAUGGGAAGGAGCUCUAUUUCAAGGCCAACCAGUACCACUUCUUACACAGCCUGGCCCUGUUAGGGGUGCCCCAUUGCAGAAAACCCCUCUGGGCUGGAUUACUGCUAGUGUCUGGAACCACUUUAUUCUGCACCAGCUUUUACUACCAUGGUCUGAGUGGAGACCCCAGCGCCCAGCCUUUGGCCCCUGUGGGAGGAAGCCUGCUUAUCUUGGGCUGGCUUGCCUUAGCACUUUGAUCUUUCUGGGUAGCAUUUUGAGAGUUGGGGAGGGAAAGGAUUAAAAAAGAAAGGCAAAUUAA